AUGAGACUGUCCUUCUUCAUUGCAUUGUACUUUGUGCUAUGCUUUCAACACAUUGCAGCUCGCCCACUUCUCCAUCCUCGCAUGGCAGACUUUGAUAGCGUUCGAAUACACCUGGAUCGACCUUACGUGGAGGAGGAUGAGCACCAUCCGAACAAAUACUUCCUCGAAUCAAUCUUCAACCCACACUACGACGGCCGUUUUGCAGACCGUCCGCUCAAGUACGACGAGAAGCAAUCCCAUCUUUCAGCCUUGAUCAGGACAUAUCUUUUUACUAUGGAGAGCAUCAGCGUGGAGACAUGGCUUAUGCACGGAACUUUGCUCGGCUGGUACUGGAACCGCAAAAUCAUGCCUUGGGACUCUGAUCUGGAUGUCAUGGUUUCGGAGUCCUCUCUACAUUUUCUGGCUGCAUAUCAUAACAUGACCAUGCAUACGUUCAAGCUACCACGAUACAAGACAAGACGAAGCUACAUGCUGGAAAUCAACCCUCGUUGCAGUGAACGGGCACUCGACAAGGAGAACAGAAUUGAUGCAAGAUGGAUCGAUACGGAGACUGGGCUUUUUAUUGAUAUCACGACACUCAGACGAAUUGGUACUACCGAGGACAACGGCGACUUGGAAUUCAAGGUGAAGGACAACCAUCACUACAUGUACGAUGACAUAUUCCCACUUCGUCAAAGCGCAUUCGAGGGCAUCUCUGUCAGCAUUCCUUAUGCCUAUCCGGACAUUCUCAUCGAGGAGUAUGGAGAUGAUGCUCUUUCUUCUGUGCACCACGAGAACCAUCGGUUCGACGAGCAGAAGCAGAAUUGGCUUCCGCAAGCCGUCUUGAGUAGCUCUGAGUACGACGAGAGCGAGGAUACUUGA